AGAAGUUAUCUGCCGUUGAAGAACACACCGUUCACUCCAACCAUUCCACGGGUGGCCAGAAUUUUUAGGAUCUGGUUUCAGGCCAAUGAUAUCGAAUUAAUCACCGAUAAGCACUGUUAUGAGUUGUCUCUGGGAUUGGAGGGCUCGCCCGCUAAACCAAAAUAACCGCUGCAUUUAGACGACAACACACAACAAGACACACACCUAUACCUUCUGUGGACAUGGUUUUGUAAUGUCAACUGUAUUUUUCAUAUUUAUUUGCAUAAUAUUUACAACAAAAAAUAAUUAAUUAGUAAUAAAACGAAAUUAUAUACUACUGUACA